AUGAAAGAGGACUGGGGGAGGUGGUCUCUGGAGGGGAGGACGGCGCUGGUCACCGGCGGGACCAGGGGGAUCGGGUCAGCGGCCAUUUCCUUCUUCUUCCUCUUCUUCUCCUCCUGCGCUAUUCUUCAGAACCCCUGACGGAGCCAUCUCUCUCUCUCACUCUCUGUCUCUCUUCCGCAGGAGGGCCGUGGUGGAGGAGCUGACCUCGCUGGGGGCGUCGGCGUACACCUGCUCCCGGAGCGCCGCCGAGCUCGCUGGAUGCCUGGAGAAGUGGGAGGCCAUGGGACUCCCCGUCGCCGGCUCCGUCUGCGAUAUCUCCUCCCACCACCAGCGCGCCGCCCUCAUGAACAAGGCGACUUCUUCUUUCGGGGGCAAGCUCGACAUCCUCGUCCGUCCCUCCCAAACCCUUACCCCUCUCAUUUCUCUCUCUCUCUCUCUCACUAUCAUCAUCAUCAACAACAUCAUCAACAUCAUCAACGUCAUCUCUCUAUCUGCGCGUAGGUUAACAAUGCGGGGACGAACAUAAGGAAGGCGACGGCAGAGUUCACUAGGGAGGAGUUCUCCCUCAUCGUGGGUACCAACCUUGAGGCGGCCUUCCAUUUGUGCCAGCUCGCCCACCCCCACUUGAAGGCCUCCGGCGGGGGCAGCAUCGUCUUCGUCUCCUCCGUCGCCGGCCUCGUCGCCCUCUCCUCCGGCUCUGUCGCCUCCGCUACCAAAGGUCAACCCCUCUCUCUCUCUAUCUAUUUAUCUCACUUUCUCUCUCAUUGAGUUGGGUUGGGUCCUCGUGGCGGUGGCAGGGGCUCUGAACCAGCUGACGAGGAACUUGGCGUGCGAGUGGGCGGGGGUGGGGAUCCGGGUCAACGCGGUGGCGCCGUGGUACACGAGGACUUCGCUGGUGGAGGAGGUGCUCAAGGACGAGGGGUUCAGGGAGAAGAUUGUGGCGCGAAUACCCCUGCGGCGUAUAGGGGAGCCCUCCGACGUGGCGGCGCUGGUGGCCUUCCUGUGCCUCCCCGCCGCCUCUUACAUCACCGGCCAGGUCGUCCCCGUUGACGGGGGGAUGACGGUCAACGGGUUCUACCCAUCUCAGGACUAG